AUGCUCCUCAGAUCCCGACCACUCCUGGAGCAGGAGGCGGCAGACACACUGACAAACAGGGUGACGCGCAGACCGUGCGCACAACGCGCAUCACUUGUCCGCAGAAGUGGAAGACGUACCUGGCUCGCAGAGUUGGGUCCCGAGCCGGCUGUCGGGAGGUGCUGCCCAAGGGUGCCCGGUCGCCCCAGCAACCAAGUCGCACCUGGAGCUGUCCUAGCGCCUAGUUCUCUCCCGGCCGCAGAGCUGGCGGCCCACGGGGAGUCGCAGAGUUUGGAAGAUCUCUCUAACACCUCUCGGCCAACUUCAGAAGUGUAUAAGAUCAGCUUUAUCUUUCCAAAUGGAGACAAGUAUGAUGGUGACUGUACAAGAACAUCUUCUGGAAUCUACGAGAGAAAUGGAAUAGGUAUUCAUACCACUCCUAAUGGGAUUGUCUACACAGGAAGCUGGAAAGAUGACAAGAUGAAUGGUUUUGGAAGACUUGAGCAUUUUUCAGGAGCAGUAUAUGAAGGACAAUUUAAGGAUAAUAUGUUUCAUGGACUGGGGACUUACACAUUCCCAACUGGGGCAAAGUAUAUUGGAAAUUUCAAUGAAAAUAGGGUGGAAGGUGAAGGGGAAUAUACUGAUAUCCAAGGACUAGAAUGGAGUGGUAACUUUCAUUUUACAGCUGCUCCAGACCUGAAAUUAAAGCUUCACAUGUAGAUGUGCUUCACAUGUAGAUGUGAUGUUAAAUUAAAGUUGAAAUAUAGUAAUUGAAGCUUUUAGUUGUAAGAAAAGCAACUUAAUCUGUUAUUUGAAAUGACUUCAUACACUACCCCUAUAAGUUUGCCAAUAAAACCAUCACUUACUUACA